CUUCUAAUUUUUCUUUCGGGAGGCACUAGGUAGACCGGACGAGCUACCACAUUACUCUAAAAUGCUUUUUCUUCUCAAUUGAAAUGGCAGCAGGAACCGAGGUUUCGUAAAACAUCGUUUCCUGUUGACGACUGCUAGUAAUAGGAUUAUUAUAGGAUUUAGGACUGUGGAACACACUAGCCGAGGCCAGGAAAAAAGUACCCCAAAGCCAAAGAGCUGGUCCAGACACCAUACUCCCUAGAUAUUUGGGCAAAAAGAAACAGUUCGCCCGCAAACCCCUCUCUCUCUCUGUAUAUCUGUCCAACUGAGUAAAUAUAUCUCAGAUUCUCGCAACUUUUUUGCACACAGUGACAAAGUUGCUGUAAAAAGAAAAAUGACAAACAAAUUCACCUCAGCAUUUUGCUUCCUAAUGCUGUUCCUGGCUCUGCAAACAACUUGUUCCAUGAGACAACACAAGUUAACAGAAUUCCGAGCGAAGCUACAGGCGAUGGCACCUCCGCCUUCUACUUCUCUCCAACCCCACUCGUCAGACACCAAAAUAAAUGGAAGAGUCUUCUAUCCGCUUGGGUACGGGGCAGACCCAACUGGGGAGCAAGAGAGCAGUGACGCCAUAUUGCAAGCGUUGAACGACGCUUUCCAGGUGCAAAGCGGCCUCGAAAUGCUACCUGGUGUGACUGACUUGGGUGGCGUUGUAAUUGAUUUGCUAGGCGGAAGCUACAAAAUCAGCAAACCUAUAAGGUUUCCUGCUUCCGGCGGAGGCAAUGUUGUGGUGAAAGGAGGGUCGUUGCGAGCGUCAAACACAUUUCCGGGUGACCGGCAUCUCAUCGAAGUAUGGUCUCCAAAUUCUCAGGUCCUUAAAGAAAAAGCAUCUGUCCCUACUGGUUUUGCCGAUGCAAAAGAUCAGAAUGUAGGAAUCUACUAUGAAGACAUCACCUUCAGGGACAUUCUUUUCGAUUCAAGUUAUCGAGGAGGAGGGAUCUUCAUCAUUGAUUCGGCCAGGAUUCGCAUAAAUAACUGCUUCUUUCUUCACUUCUCAACGGAAGGAAUUCUAGUUCGAAAAGGCCACGAGACUUUCAUAUCAAGCUGUUUCCUAGGACAGCAUUCGACAAUUGGUGGAGACAAAGGGGAGAAAAGUUUUUCUGGCACUGCCAUUCAACUUUCAAGUAAUGACAAUGCAAUCACUGAUGCUGCCAUCUUCUCAGCGGCCAUCGGAAUUCUAUUAGAAGGGCAGGCUAAUAUUGUUACAGGCGUACACUGUUACAACAAAGCAACCGCAUUUGGUGGAGUAGGAAUUUUAGUGAAAUCAGCUGGUGCACUAACUAGAAUCGACAACUGUUACCUAGAUUUCACAGCUAUAGUCAUGGAAGACCCUGUUCAAGUUCAUGUUACCAAUGGACUUUUCUUAGGAGAUGCCAACGUAGUGCUGAAGUCAAUUAGGGGACAAAUAUCUGGGGUGAACAUAGUUAACAAUAUGUUUAACGGUAACCCCAGAAACAUGGUUCCAAUUAUCCAACUAGACGGGAAAUUCAACACUAUUGAUCAAGUGGUGAUCGACCAGAACAACGUGAAUGGCAUGAACCUGAAAUCAACGGUCGGAAAAUUGACGGUAGCCGGAAAUGGGACAAAAUGGGUUGCUGAUUUUUCAUCGUUGUUAGUAUUCCCAGAUCGAAUUAAUCAUUUUCAGUACUCAUUCCUUAUUCAAAAGCAGGCAGCAGCAGGGUUCCCAGUACAUGCAGUGACCAAUGCGUCAAAUAACGUUGUAGUUGUAGAGAGUGACAAAGCAGUCAAUGGGGUGGUUUCCGUGGCCGUCGAUCAGUACAACUAUAUCGGAGAAAGCAAUGUAGUUUUCAAAAAGUAAAAGUUUAGAUGCGCCAAGCUUCAUUGUCCACGGCGGCCUCUCCUGAUUCCUAAAACUAGUAUUACUCUACCGUGGUCAACUUGUUUCUAACAAUGGCGUUUUCAAUUUAUGGGAGUUGAUGAAAGAACUCGGAAUACCAAAAAAACAUUAAUUAAUCAAACUUCAAGAAAGCUUCUGAAUUGAGGAACAGAAGCUUAGGAGUUUGUGUGUGCUUUACACAUCCCAAUAGCUUAACAGCAAUAUCUGUGAGUUGUCUCUCGCCGCUUUUUGAUGCAUUUCACUUUA